AUGAAAUGUGAUAUUCAAUGUUCGGGAGUUAAAGUUUUAGGUAAAGCAGUUCAUGCCCUUUCUAGGAUUGGAGAUGAAAUCCAUUUGGAAACUUCAAAAGAUGGAUCUCUUCUUAUAGCCUUUAAAUCAAGUACAAUGAUUGAAAAAACUAUUGACACAUGUUCACUAGAGUUGAAUAAUAAUUACGAUAAUUUUAUUAUAAAUAAUUAUUGUAAACAUGAUUUAAUUAAAUCAUAUCAUUUGCACUUAAUUGAAAAUGAAGCAUUAGAAGCAACGUUUGAAAAAAAUGAUUACAAGAAUACAAUAUUGGCUCAAUCUAGAAUGAUCUUAAAAAGUAUUCAGAAUUUUCAUGCCACUGUUGAAGAAAUAACAUUAAUUUUGAACAAUGAAAAAGUUGUUAUGAAAAAUUAUGUUGAUGAUGAACCAGUUUUAGGUAAAGCAGUUCAUGCCCUUUCUAGGAUUGGAGAUGAAAUCCAUUUGGAAACUUCAAAAGAUGGAAUUGUAUUACGUACAUUUAACUCGUCACGUUCAGCUUAUGCUAGCUUUAAGUUUGAUAGAAGUUUUUUUACAUCAUUUAAUAACAACACAGAUAUCAAAUGUAAAAUACCAGUUAAGUCUCUUCUUAUAGCCUUUAAAUCAAGUACAAUGAUUGAAAAAACUAUUGACACAUGUUCACUAGAGUUGAAUAAUAAUUACGAUAAUUUUAUUAUAAAUAAUUAUUGUAAACAUGAUUUAAUUAAAUCAUAUCAUUUGCACUUAAUUGAAAAUGAAGCAUUAGAAGCAACGUUUGAAAAAAAUGAUUACAAGAAUACAAUAUUGGCUCAAUCUAGAAUGAUCUUAAAAAGUAUUCAGAAUUUUCAUGCCACUGUUGAAGAAAUAACAUUAAUUUUGAACAAUGAAAAAGUUGUUAUGAAAAAUUAUGUUGAUGAUGAACCAGAUCCCAACCAAGUAAUUCAUACUGAGCUGUCUCUAGAGAAAGAAGAAUUUGAACUGUAUCAGUUAGAAACAGAAAUAAUAGUCACAUUUUGUCUUAAAGAAUUAAGGGCUGUUGUAAAUUUUGCUGAAUCUUGUAGUGUACCUAUUUUAAUAUGCAUUCAAGCCUCUGGAGUAUCAUCUAGAGUUAUAGACAGUGUAGAUACAGUACAUACAUUUUGUCCUUCACGCAUUCCCAAGGAAAAGGACACAGUUAGGUCUGGUGAACUCAGGUCACUUGCAGAACACCUGGUCAUUUUGUCCAGUAUGACUAUAUUUUUAAAAUUUAAUUUAACUAAUAUACCAAUUUUAUAUUUUUACUUUUUUAUAGAUCCCAACCAAGUAAUUCAUACUGAGCUGUCUCUAGAGAAAGAAGAAUUUGAACUGUAUCAGUUAGAAACAGAAAUAAUAGUCACAUUUUGUCUUAAAGAAUUAAGGGCUGUUGUAAAUUUUGCUGAAUCUUGUAGUGUACCUAUUUUAAUAUGCAUUCAAGCCUCUGGAGUGCCAAUUUUAUUUGAAAUACAAGAAAUUCCGGGCGUGGAAGCGGAAUUUGUCUUGGCCACUUUGUCGGAAGAGAUCGGAUCCCAAAUGAGCACAAGCAUGCGACAGAGUAAUAAUUCUUCUGUUGCUGUGCCUCAAGACAGUGACUUAAAGGAAAAUGAUGACAGACAUGUUGCUCUGUUGACCACAGAUGAUAACUCUGACAUGUCCCUGACAAUGAUCGAAAACACAUCUGCAGAUCCUGUGGCUUUUGAAGCUGCACCGACGGAGUGUGCAGAAGAGAAUGUUGUGCCCUCCACACCACCCCAUAAAAAGUUUCGAAGGAUGUUUCUUGGACUGUCUUCCUCGUCGUCUCAAUCGGCUGAAUACACGUCGGUCAUUCCUGAUCCUGACGAAGUUCUGGCAGAAGCGAGUGACGAAGACUAGGUCGAAUUCUCCAUUGGCAUUUGCAGUUUCCCAUUUGAAAUGGUCUACGUGCAAUCAACCGUAGUCUGUGCAACCAUUCUGGGAGACCGCCGUGCGGAGCGGUUCCUUCUUCUCCGACCAUCCGGGACCGACCGACACCAGGAGGACCGUAAUAUCGUCAGGCUUUCCACCUU